UGUGUGUGUGGGAGCUGAGGAGAGUGGAUGUACAGCCCUCGCUCUCUGCGCAUCGUGACUUGACUCCAAAAUCUUGAGCCGCUGACUUCUGAGGAUUAUUACGUGAGACUUAUAUGAAAGUGCUGCAAGUCGGAAAGGGAUUAGUGAAUGGUGACUUUUGUUGAUCGAGAAGAGAGUGGAGUGUUCUUUGGUUGAGGAUUUUGUUACGAUUGGAUUAUUUUGUCGCUGAGAGAGCAAAUAACAUGUUGUGAAGUUGGACAUUGACACCGGCUCCACGACCAAGCCUUUUGCUCUCCCAAGUCUUGGUUUAAGUGACACUCGCAACACAAGGAGGAAAAUGGAGGAGUUGUACUGUGCUGAAGUGCCUGCAUGCUCAGAGGGGCCGAUUGCGCUGCAGGACCCCGUGUUACUGCACGACAGUCGCGUGUUGACCAACCUGUUGCAGCUGCAGCCCUUCACCAUGCCGGCACAGAACUACUUCAAACACAUCCAGAGUGACAUCCAGCCGUACAUGCGAAAGGUCGUCACCAGAUGGAUGUUGGAUGUGUGCGAGGAGCAGGCAUGCGAGGACCAGGUCUUUGCUGUCGCGAUCAACUUCCUCGACCGGUUCCUGUGUGCCUGCGUGGUACAGAGGACGCAACUCCAACUCCUGGGCGCCGUGUGCCUCCUGCUGGCGUCCAAACUCCGUCAGUGUCGCCCUCUGUCCAUCGAGCUCCUCGCCUACUACACUGACUACUCCGUCGGCGUUCAGGAGAUCAAGAGCUGGGAACUCCUGCUGGUGUCCAAGCUCGGCUGGGACCUGUCUCCUGUCACGGCCGGCGACUUCGUGGACCACCUCCUGAACCGGGUGCCCGUCCUGGCGCGGGAGCCCAUCGUCAGAAGACACGCCACCACCUUCGUCGCCCUCGCCGCCACCGAGCCCGAGUUCGUGCAGGUGGAGCCCUCGGCCGUGGCGGUGGCGUCCAUCGUCGCCGCCGUGCGAGGCCUCAACGUCGCCGAGUGGGCGGCCAUCCUGUCCAGCCUGGCGGACGCCGUCAACCUGGACGCCCACGCCCUCCAGCCCAUCGUCGAGCAGAUCGAGAUGGUCGUCGAGAAGGAGACGGCGAUCCUCCCUGAAAGCAUGCACGUGCAGCAGCAAGCACAGCAGGCACAGCAGCAGCAGCAGCAGCAGCACCCCACCACGCCCACGAACAAGCAGCAGCCCACCUCGCCCAUGGAGUUUUUUGACGGCAACGAAACUCCGACCGACCUGACGGACAUCCACUUCUGAUGGCGGAAGCGUCAGUAGG